UGGAGACAAAGGAUGGGAUUGAGUGUUAUAUAUGUUGUUGAAGGAUGGAGGAAGGGCAUGAUGGGGUCUGAUGUAGGAAAGGACAUCAUGUGUGACCGGAAUGAUGUCAGGGAGUGAUAGAGGAUAUACUUUCAAGUCCAGAGACUAAAAUUCCUGCAAAAUGCUGUAUUUGUCAACUUGAAUUGAGCAUAGUUCAGAUAGAAAAACAUAUGACAUCUGAUCAAAUAAGGGCUUAUAAUAUGCAUUAUACCGCUAAUAGCAUUGAUAAAACUGCAGAUAGACUCAUUAAAUGUCCUUUUUGUAGCUACUUCGAGAUUUGGGACAUCAAUAACACCUCAAACUUCUUCUAUUGACUGAAUGAGAACUGAAAAUAAGGGAAGUUGUUCAGUCUGCUUCAAGGAGUUUAAUGUUCCUUCUAGCUUCACUGUCACUGAGAAACAAAGAGAAGAGAUGGAAUCUCAUUAUAAGUGUUUAGAACACCAGGAAAUGAAGAAAGAUUGGGAUCGAGCCAUUGAAAGAGGAGCAAAGAGAUUCUGUCCAACAUGAGGAACAGGAGUGGUCAAAGAUGAUAAUUGUGUUGAAAUGAACUGUGUUGGGUGUAAAACAAGGUGGUGUUAUUUUUGAGGUAAAUAAGGAAGCUGAUCUAGAUAAAGAAGUAAAGGAUGGACAAUUUUACCUUCAUUGUGAAGAUUGGAUAGUUAAUAAGAAGAGAUGUCCUCAAUUUUUGGAAGAUAUUUACGAAAUUGAUCCAAGAUGGCAUGAAUUUAACUGUGACUUUAAUAAUGACUUCUUCCUCAAACUCAUCACAUACAAAGAGAUCCAAAAGUUCUUCAAGAAAUACACCAAAGAACAAUUCCAAAGCCUCUGAGAUGCCGUUCCUUCUGUUGCAAAUCAUGGAUAUGAUCUUGAGGAGGUAAUGAAAGCUAAUACCAAAUUAAUCAACAGAUAAUUCAACAACAUUUCCA